GAUAUCAUUAAUUAUAUCCGGAAAUUUAGUCUUAGUAGUCUCUAUUCUUUUCUUAUUUUAUUUUUAUAAUAAUUGUGAAUGACGUGAAUAAUAAUCUAUUUACAUACCUAGAAAAUAAAAUUCGUUUUCUCUGGUUUUAUUUAAUGAAAAUGGCGUUUAUCAUAAAUGCUUUUCAAAGAUGUAAAGCUUUGGCCAAAUUUCAAACACCAGUGAACGAAACAUGUGUAUACAUCCUUAUAAUCAACAAAUUCGUAAUAAAUGGCCAGACUUUAGAAUGAAAAAAGAUGCACGGAAAAGAAAUACUCUUAAAGAAUAUGGAGUGUACAAAUUACGCUAUAAUGCACUUCGUAAAAACAAUAUCAUUCCUUUAGAAAUUCAAGAAAUUGCUGAUAAAGAAAUCUACAAUUGUCCAAGGGAUGCUAGUAUAACUAGAAUUGUACAGCGUUGUCAGGUCACUUCUCGUCCUCGUGGUAAUGUCAAACGAUGGCGUUUAAGUAGAAUAGUGUUCAGACAUCUAGCUGAUUAUAAUAAAUUAGCAGGUGUUCAGAGGGCAAUGUGGUAAAAUCAAAAUGAAAAAUAUUGCUGAUGUAUAGUAUUGUAUA